GAGAGGUGGAGGCAGAUUCAAUAUUUGCUGACAAAAACAAACGACGACAACUGUAGAACAACCUGGGCAAAAGCCAGCAAAAUAGUAUUUUCACUGUCGAGGUAGAGCAUACCCAAAGUUCUAGUUUUACAGUGAAAAUAGGACCAAUAUUUUGACGCAAACGGGCGAAAAACUUAUUUUGAAGAAUGGAAAGAAAAGACAGUCUCAUUAGUGUGGUAACCAGACUGAGGCCUGUCUUGGACAGCAGUGAGAAAGCAGAGGUUCAUGUUGUCAACCAAACCACUCUUGAAAUAUUAAAUCACAGAGAUGUGAAUGAAAAUUUACACUAUGAGUUUAGUGCUGUGUUUGGACCAGAGUCAAGUCAAGCAGAUAUUUUUAAUCAGCAUGUAAGGCCUUUGGUGCCUUAUGUUUUGAAUGGAGAAAACAUGACGGUCUUUGCUUAUGGACCCACAGGAGCCGGUAAAACAUACACUAUGCUUGGAACCCCUCAAGAGCCAGGAGUUAUACCAAGAACAGUCAAUGAAAUAUGCAGACUCACUGAGAACAGUGGGGAUCAAGAGUGGCAGCAUUCAGUGUUGCUGUCUUAUUUUGAGAUUUACAAUGAAAAGGUUCGGGAUCUUUUGGUGCCAAAGUCAUGUGAUCUUCCAAUCAGAGAGGAUAGAAAAAGGAACAUAUUUGUUGUAGGAUUAACAGAGAAACCUGUAGAAAAUUACAAUGAUUUCAAGAAAUGGUUUGGUCCAGCGUCAAGGAAAAGAACCACUGCUUCUACAAAACUGAAUGCAACAUCCAGUCGCAGUCACAGCAUUAUGAUGCUGAAAGUGGAGAAACAACAAAUGGUGAAGCCAUAUAAGAGGCUUACUGGCAAACUGUUCCUCAUUGAUUUAGCUGGAAGUGAAAACAACAAGAAAACGGAAAAUAAAGGACUCAGGCUUCAGGAGAGUGGUGCUAUUAACAAGAGCCUGUCAGUACUCAGCCAAGUUGUGGAUGCUCUAACACAUGGAAGGCCUUGUCCACCCUACAGGAGCAGCAAGCUAACCAGAAUUCUGCAGGAUUCUCUGGGUGGCAAUAGCCACACCCUGAUGAUAGUUAAUAUUGCCCCUGAGCUGAGAAAUUACUGGGACACUUAUACUACUCUGAACUUUGCCAAAAAGAGUAAAAAGAUUGUAAACAAAACUUAUAAGAAGGAAACUACAAGAGAUCCUACAGUACUCCAAGAAACUGAUGCCUCAUUUGCUGGAACUGGCAGAAAUGUUGAAAGUGGUCAUGGUUUAAAGAGCAAGCACAGAAGAACUCUAUCUACUGUACCCACCACAACAAAUUCAGUUGAAUUUCUGAGUCCAAUACUACAGCGUCAGACCAAUCUAAGAGAAGAAGUUGUCCAGAGACUUGAAUCACUGGGACAGAAUAUUUUGGAAAGAAUAAACACUCCCAGAAAAAGGAAAUCAGAAGUUGCUAGCCACAUAGCAUGCAAGAAACAGCAUGUGGGCAGCCCAGCAGUGGAGGCUCUUUCCCAGUGCAGAAUGGCACUCAGCAGGCUACAAGCAGAAACUGAAGAGAGGGUGAAAGAGAAUAUAAUGUACUGUGGAGAUAGAUGUGAUUUGCCAGACUCCAAAAAUGCCAAUCUUACCAAUCUUGAAAAUGCAAGUGCCAUAUUGAACAGGAAACGAGAAAAUAAAGAAUCUGAGCAAUCUCGAAGGCAUUAUGCAGAUGUGUUGCACAUUUUGAAUAAAGGCAGUUUAAAUCAACUGCUGACUCUUCAGACUGUGGGGGCUAAAAGAGAUCAUGAAACAUUUAAUUAUUUGUUUUCAGAUGCAGAUGUGUUGCACAUUUUGAAUAAAGGCAGUUUAAAUCAACUGCUGACUCUUCAGACUGUGGGGGCUAAAAGAGCCAAAUGUAUACACUCGUGGAGGGAGAAACAUGGAGAAUUUCAAAAUGUGGAUGAACUGAGAAAAAUAACAGGCUUGACAAGAAAGUAUGUGGACAGAUUUAUGGAGAGCAAUUUUCUUCCCCAAAAAGUUGUAAGUGUGUGAUCAUGCCAUAGUUGGACAAUGAGAGGGACCUUUGUGAAGAGUUUCCCAGUUUAGGAGGAGAAAUCUCAGAUGAAACCUCUAGCAUUAGUAUGCACGUAGGGACAGUUGAAAUUCUUCCUCUUGCAGAAAUAUGAUGCUAUUAAAUUAUUUUGCUGUUAUGUCCAGGGAUGAAAAACAUCUAGGAGAGAAUAUCAAAAUGCCCUUGCCUCUGCAGGGUCAUAUCACAAACUCAAAUACAGAGCAUUGCCAAUAAAAGGGCUACAAACAGGAGGAGAACUAUAUUAUGGUAUAACCCACCUUAAAGUAAAAUGUAUAAAUAAAUGUUGGUAAAAUAUUUGUACAACUUAUAAGAAUUCACUUUCUGGUAGGCUCCGAGUCAUGUAAAAUCUUCAUUAAAAACAAUGUUAAUGUGAGCUUUAGUUGCAUGGACUAAAUGUCAUGGGAUUGUCAAAGCAAAGACCAAUAGCAUCAUCAACAGAAGUAAAGCAAAAGUUAAUGAGAAUGAUAAAACCUGUAGAAACCUUUUCCUGACAUAUGAUGAUCCCUUCGCACCUCCCCUGGCCUUUAGGACUGGUGAGGAUUAUAUAAUUUGAAUUUGCUGCAACCAUUGGCUUUACUGGGCACAAUGUAUAGUACAUGUUAUGGUGAGUGCACAGUUGAUGUGGCACAAUUUUUUAUUUUUUUUUAAUCGUGAUAUCUGUUGUGUUAAAUUUGUAUGCUCCUACUGUGACUGACAUUUUGCAAGGAUAGUUAUAAUCAUGUUAUAUUUAUCC